CAAAACGACAACGCAGAACAAAUCGAGUACACAAAACGGCAAUGGAGGUUUAGAAGAAGUGAAGUUCAUCGGUUUCAACACAAACCCUAACAAAACGCGCAGCACAAGCCCCCCUCUCACCUUCAAAAUUUUCCUCCUUUCUCCCGCCAGUUUCUCAGUUUCUGAUUUUAUUCUAGUAGAUGGAGCUUUACGCAUUCAAUCCAGGACCUCUAGACGAUUCUGUGCUGUAUGAUCAAGAGAAGCAUGUGUCUUCUGCUGUUUGGGAAGGGCAGGAGCGUGGUGCACUUAGAUGUCAUGAGCACACUUCAAAGCUCAAUCAGUGGGUAUUGACACAAAAGCAGAUCGAGUAUAUUGAUAAGGCUGGGUUUGGAUACUUGAAAUUCAUUCCUGCAAUUAGCAUUGACAAUCCCCUGAUAUCUGCAUUAGUUGAAAGAUGGCGCCGAGAAACCAACACAUUUCACCUGACAGUUGGGGAAAUGACUGUAACCCUUGAAGACGUUGCCUAUUUACUUGGACUUUCAAUUGAUGGUGAACCUGUUAUAGGAGUCACAUACACUUCAUGUGAUGCUGUAUGUGAAAGAUAUCUUGGGAAGGCACCAGAUUCUGGAUACACAAGUGGGGGAAUGGUGAAGCUUAGUUGGCUGAAAGAAUGCUUCUCACGUUGUCCUGCAAAUGCAUCAGUUGAAGAUGUAAAACGUUAUACCCGGGCUUAUCUUCUUUACCUUGUCGGAAGUACUAUUUUUUCCACUACUACCGGUAAUAAGGUCCCAGUGAUGUACCUUCCCCUGUUUGAGGAUUUUGAUCAUUGUGCGAAAUACGCUUGGGGUGCUGCAGCAUUGGCUUUUUUGUAUAGAGCACUUGGUAAUGCUUCACUCAGAUCUCAAAGCACUGUUAGUGGCGGUUUAACACUAUUGCAGUGCUGGAGUUACCUGCACCUGAAUAUUGGCAGACCAAAACUUCCUCAAGAUUCAUAUUAUGACAAUUUUCCUCUUGUUCUUCGGUGGAAAGGGAAACAAAGUGGUCCAACUACAAAUCGAGAUAUAACCUUCUACCGUAAGGCGCUGGACUCGUUAAAGCCGGCUGAUGUUGACUGGUUUCCAUAUCAGAACAUUGACCCUAUGGUAAUACCUGAUGAUAUAGCAAGCAGCUUAAUUCCGGCAAGGUCUAAAACAAUGUUGAUAUGUUUUGAUAAGGCAGAGAGACACCUACCAGAUCGAUGUGUGAGGCAGUAUGGCAUGCCACAUCAACCGAUCCCAGAAUCAGUAGAUCGAUGGGAAAGAAAGAGCCGUGGGGUUGAUGGCGGGGUGGACUUGUCUGGAAAAAUGGAGUUGGAGCUCAAAGAAUGGUCAGAGCGUCAUUUCCAUCUCUUGCGAAGUGGAGAAAAUGUUGAUGAUAGCAAAUAUAUGCAUUGGUAUUUGAGAAUUACACGUAGGUUCGUUGGAAGACCGAUUCCUCUUGCAUCCGAGUUUCAAAGAAUGAAUGCAACACUCCGAGAAGUGGCACACAUUGCAGAUACAAUGUCCCUACAAGGAUUGGAUAACGAGCAAAUACACUCAAUAACAAGGAUAAGAUAUGUGGUUCAUGAGUGUCUACGAGACCAAGCAGGAAGUGUGGUGACAGUAGCAGCAUCACCAUCACCAGAAAAUGAGAAUUGUAACAAGAGAGGUAGUAGGGGUAAGGAGAAGGUCAGAAGAAAGGGAACGGGAAUGGGAAAAAGAAGGCGGAAGGAUGAAUUGGAGCAGUGCGAGGAAGAUAUCAUAAGUAGGGAAUUAAUACCAAAUUAUGCUGCAACUGGUAUUGAAUAUGUAGAACAGAUGCAUCAUCAUCAUCACCCAGAUAAUGAUGGUUUAGUGAAUGAUGAUCAACUCCCCUGCUAUACAGAUGUUGCAAAUGUAAAUGAACAAGAGAUGGAUGAAUCUCAUCUUUGCAUUUCUGUGAAUGAAGUAGUAGGCUUGCAAGAGGAUGGAGUUGUAACUGCUAUGGCUUCUUGUGAUGGAUUACAGCCAUCAGACUUCGUUGAUGAUCGCCCUCUAUCUGACGAGGACACAAAGUUUGAUGAUGAUGAAAAUGGUUUGGUUUCAGGUUUUGCUGAUCAAGACGAACCCAGUGAGCUAUCUGACGAAGAAGACACCAAGGUUGAUGAACAUGGAGCUAACUUGAUUCAGAGAGAGGAUAACAUCUCCUCUCCUCAUCAUGAUUCUUCAGAGAUGGCUAUGGAGGUACUUCCUCAUUCAUCUCAUGUAACUAUACAAGAUAUUUCUCGGGAUGGUAACUAAAACAUCAUGAGUAGUUCUGGUGUAUUUUUUACAGGGUUUCUACAAAAAACGUAGAACAUUUUUUCCGCAGCCUGUUAAUUUACUUGGAUUACUGAUCUAUGUUUUUCCGUCAGUACAAUCCAAACCCUCAUCACACAGUUGACUUUGCUGAACUAUUGUUACCAAAAUUGAAAUGGAUUGAUGAAGCCUUCUUCUCA